CAUGUCCCAUUACGGGCAUUUUGUAAUAUUUGGCAGGAUUGUUUUGUUCCCCGUGCACUGAAAAGGAGUGGUGCGGUCCGAUAGUAUUGAAGGCAAAGCUGAAAAACGGUUUGUUUUCAACGAGAGGAAGAAGCGUCGCUGUAAUUCGCUGCUGCAGCACCGAUUUUUAAAAACGGUUGUAACAUUUAUUUUAUAUCUGGUUGGUUGUCGGACAAAACCUUUGCUCGCCAUGGCUCUGUGCGGGGGUGUCGGAGCCAUGGCUUUGCCCAGCGAGCUUAUCGUCCACAUAUUCUCUUUUCUGUCCGACCGAGACAAGCUCCGGGCCUCGGCCGUGUGUUCACGAUGGAGGGAGUGUCUCUUCUACCCCGCGCUGUGGACCGAGCUUAAGCUGCGGAUAGGUGGUGGUUGUAACGGUGGAGGCUCCAGCUCGGAGGAGACCCCGAGGCUGGAGUUCCUCAUGCGUAAGUUUGGUUCAUUCGUGCGGGAGCUGCAACUGGAGCUUGCUCCGGUGGAAGGCUACCUUAGUCCUCUGAACAACGAACCGUCGUCCACCAGGAUGGACCAGCCUGAAAGCGACCCGCAGCUCUCCGAGCGAUGGAGAGACGCCAUGGCCACCUACUUGGACCAGGUGUUGUGUGUGUUCUCCAGCAUCCGCAACAACAGAAAUCUGCGAAAGCUCAGCCUGUACGGAGACACUUGUAUUCUGCAGCAGGAGGGACUAUUGGACAGCUCCAACCUGCACCAAAUUCACCAGGGGGACAAAAAGAUCAAUGAAAUCCAGCAGUUGUUCAUGGAGUUGUUGUCUAACAGCAGGCAGCUGAGGUGGUUGUCCUGUAGCUUUAUGCUGGGUCUGGUGACUCCCUGCUCCUUAGCCUGUCUGUCAAAUCCCUCAGCUGAGACCCUGCAGCACCUCAGUUUACUGGACCACCAGCUAGGUCCCCUCAUCUCACCAUCAGAGUUGGAUCGUCUGUCUAAUCUUCAUUCUCUGGCUCUGGAUUUCUCUGAUUUGACAUCUGAGCUUUGUGGUCUGCUGGCAUCUCCACGCCGAACUCCACUGCAUCGCCUCUCCCUGCUGCUCAACGGGGCUGCCCUGGAGUUCAAACCAUUAGAAGGGACCGCUACGGAGGACGAUUGGAAGGCACUGAUUCGUGUAAGUGCCAACCUGCGAGUGUACAUCAUGGCCCUGGAGGUCGACAGCUCCGAGCUCCUCAGGGUCCUGAAGCCUAGCCUUCCCCUGGAGCGCCUCCACCUCGACAGCUAUAGCACACUGGUGACCGACGCUACAUUGGAGCUCAUCUCUCAGCAGUACAACAAAACGCUGACUCACUUCCUGCUCCUGAGGGAUGACCCCGACUUCCCUGACCUCAGCAUCAAUCGGAACGAAGACCCGUUGGUCCUCAUGGCAUGGAGGUGUACUCAGCUUGCUGUACUCGUCAUACAUGGUUACACUGUAUGGUCCCAUAACUUGGUAGCCAUCUCUCGGCUGCGAGGCUCCAGCCUUCGCGUCUUGACCGUCUCUGAGGAGAGCAUCGACUUCGAUCCAGACCAGUCGGUGUGCAUGGAGGGCGACCCAGUCCAUAACCUGGUCAAGGAGGUUUCCCUGGGCCUCGGCCGCGUCUGGCACCCUUGCCUGGAUUCCAGCCUGGUUUUGUCCGAACCCACCCAGCACUUCCACCGCGAGCUGCACGCCUUCAGCAUGGGCAUGUAGGCAGGGACAGCAUGUCCAACACAUCACAGCCUAAACUGUGUCAAGACCAGGCCAGACCCACCAAGUCCAAGUCAGCUCAGACCUCCGAACAAGGCCAGAAGCAGACCUAAGUGAGAAAUCUAAACUGGAUCUUAAACUAAUCAAUGAAUUAUAUUUAUGUGAGCUGAUGUGACUUGGUUGUUUUUAUUUACUUAUAUUAUUUUCACAACAGUAAUAAUAAUAUAAUUAUUACAUACGUUGCAUUUCUUUCCCAUGAGUUUUAGCACACAAUCAAGUCCUACCAUUUUCCAAAUCAUUCCCUGUUUUCUUGCUUUGACUCUUAAUUAUCUAGUCAGUAGCUUGGAAAAACAGAUGAUUAGCCACAAACAUGUUUUAACACAUUUUCCUGUGAAUAUCCCAUUUUGAAAUGGGAUAUUCAAAUUAAAACUUUAUAUUUGUUUAGUUUGGAGUCAUACCAAUCUGUGGUCCCUGACCACAAGCGAGACUUGAGUCAUGAUCAUUUUAAAUUUGUUUGCUAAAAUGGGUCACUCUACUGCUUCAAAUGUGCCCUUGUCUGGCAUGGCCCAGUCUGGUCUGGUCUUGAUCGACAAGUAUUCAAAGCUCGAUGUCUCUCCUCCACCUUAAUAACCUCCAGAGCCUCUGUAUGAUGUAACCUUGAUUUUUUUUUUCUUUUUUUCAUUUUAGUUGACAUUUUGUCAUCUCUCCCUGCUCUGUGUAUUAUCUUGUUUUUCCUGUGUGGUGGUUCCCUUGCCUGUAUAGGCUUUGUGUGUAUUUAAAAACAGAUAUAUUAUUAUCCUGCUCACACCUAGAACAGGACAGGCAGGCGGGUUGAGUGAUGGACCGGUGGGAUUUGGGGGGGGGGGGGCAAUUAUUUAGUUUAGUGAACAUAUUUUUCUUUUCUUUUCUUUUUUUUAACCUUUGCUCUGUGUCGGUCUGUCUUUCCGCUCCUUUCUAGCAAACGUUGGCGUUAGUAAACUAACCAAUCAAUCACUUCCUGAGUAACGCAACCUUAGCUGCUUCUUCUGUUGCUCUGAUAGAGCACCUUGUGCACUUGUCCACUAGUAUGAGAGCCUUGGCAGCAGGGUGGGAACCUCCACUGUACCGUGGCUGACUGUGGCAGGUGCUAAUCGGUUGUAAUGCUGUUUUCAGCAAGAACCAUGUCAUUGCUAUGACUGAUUUGUGAUCAUUUGUAAAUGGUUUUAGUAAGGGUCUUGAGCACCUUACUGAUGGUGUUAUGGAGAAUAUUGUUACAUGCUUACAGCCAACACACUUCCCACCCUGCUCACUUGUCGACUUUUCGGGAAAACCUAGCGAGUCGAUUAAAUAGGGAGCCUCGUCUUCCGACUGACUUUCAGAGUCAAACUAUAAGAUUCAGCCGUCACAAUACAACACCCUGUCGCUCUGUUUAUCUUGAUCUGUAGUAAGCUGGUAGUAAAUCUGUGCAUCUUUUUUUUCUGUAUUCAGGAUGAAUAUAGCUGCCUUUGCUCUCCUUUAGAGGUCCAAACUUUCUUACUGGUAUCACUGGUUCCAGAGCCUUUUGGUAUUAAAAUGUCAAGUCAUCAAGUUAAAGAAAAGAAAUGGAGCGUGCAUCAUAAUAUGAAGGGCACUGAGAUUAAAAAAACCUUCAAAUACUUCUGCAUUAUUCUAAAGAGGAAGUAGGUUUAGAUUCCAUAAUGCCAUAUAUAUAUUUAAGAAAUCUCUGACUACUUCCAAAUUCUUGGUGCGGCCAUGCAAACAAAACCGCUUCCCAAGGUGGCAAAUACCAAACCCAGGUUUUGCAGUCACGCCAGCAGCUUUGUAGGCCGGAAUUAGUUUUUCUCAACAGUGGAUUUCUUGUUAUGGAGUAAAAAUGUUUCAUGAUAAAGAGCAGGGAAAAGAAAAGGAUGCACUGAAUGUACCUAAACUCUCAAUCUCUCAUUCUGUUGGCCAGUCAGGUUUUUGUUUUCUAUUGAAGGCCUACUGUGUAACUAUACUUGCCUCAGAAAUUUGGCAGGUGCAUAUCUUGCCACAACAGUCACGGCUGCUAGAUAAAUGCGUUUGGACAUUGUAGGUUCCACUGACGGCCAACGGUGGUUAUUUUUUCGAGAAGUGGCACCUACAGCACAACAAGGUUUUGGGUCAUGUGGCAUAUUACUGUGGCGAAAACAUUCUGUCAGUCUCAGGUAGGCUUUUAACAUCACUAUGAUCAGGACAGCGGUGGUGAUGAUGUCGAGUAGGAUGUGUGAAACAAUCAGUGUGAGAUGUUGUUGUUGUUAUUUUUAAUUUCCUUUGAGUCACAGUUGCCUUGGAAAUAGCCCUUUGUUUUCUGGAUACUGUUGUUGUUGUUGUUGUUAAUGAUGUUGUUUAUCUUGCCAUCUGAUAAACCCUGGCUCCACCUCGGUUGGGGGGAUCAGUAAACCUAAUCAUACAUUUGUUUUCAAAGAUUAAGGUUGAUAAAGACUGAAGUAUGGCAAAACCUGUUUGCUCAUUGCACAUGUUUUAUAUCUCCAGUAGUUGUUGUGGGGGACAGAGAGCAGCUGUGGAGUGAAGGAAAUCCAUGCUGUCGAUAAGAGGACCUGCUGGGCCCAAUUAAUGUCUGAACUGAAUGUAGUCAAUUUUCUGGGGUGAAGUGAUUUCUGCCUGGCACAGUGGAGGCUGUCUGGCUGUGCAACUGCUUGUUCCUCAGGCUUUCAUUAACUAGGGCGAAGGCACGACUUUGAUUGAAUCAUAGUCGCUUUUGUUGUCUGAUUCUAGCUUCUGACAAUUACGACGGCAGGGAAGGGGGUCGCCUUUGCCCUAACAAAUGAAAUACUUUUUUUACUUCACUCUGUAGAAGUACAAGCGUGCCAUUGUCAGGGCUCCAGCCGGGCAUUGCCGACCAAAUAUCUUAUGACCAGAUGACUGGGCCGAGUAUGGUUAAAUCUGAUCCUUCAGUGUUGUGACUGCUGAAACGUUAUGACAGCUUUGGUAGACCGGUGUCUUAUUAAGGCAUUUCUUGAGCAGAGCUGGGAUUUUAAACAGGAAAAUCGGAGUUACGUUGGGCUGUAGAGCGCCAAACUUUCAGUGGUAAAUGCUGUCAAGCAGCCAUUGUCGGGAAAUUCACCCUCCCAAAUGGCUUCAGCUCACUUGUUUUGCACACCAUGGCGCUUUAGAAGUCGGGACAAUGGCAUCAAAGACUGUGAAGGUCCAUAUCAAGGUCUGUAGUUUCCAAGGUUGACCUGCAGUUUUUCCAUGGACUGAUAUGGAUCCUGAAUUACACAGUGUGCCAGCACUUUGCAUGGUUCAGAAAGAAUUGGUCCUAGUGGCGGGCCUGUGGUUACCAAAUGUUUGCUUAUCUGUUACGGGACCUUGAUGGUUUAGCCAUGAUAAUCUCUCUAGUCCUUGGUCCAUAUCUCAGGAUAAAUGCACUCUGGUACCAAGAAUUUCUUUGAAAGGCUGUCCGUGACUGUAUAUAGAGCUGCACACUCACACACUCAGAGAGGAUAGCAGUACCAACAUAACAUAUUCAGACCAAACUAUGUUGGUUUUUAUCUUAUCUUCUUCCUCCUCUUGUCUAAUUUUGCCUCUCAUCUCAUUUUUAUAGCUCAACUUUGCUCCUUUAUGUGAGACUUAAGCUGUUAUAGGUUUGUACUGUGUAAAGGCAUUAUCUGAUAAGGAGGGAAGAAUCACAGCACUCAACAGUAGAAUGUAAUUUCACUCCACAUAGUCACCUGAGCUGAGCACAUAGGUUUUUACAAACAACAGACAACACUGUAAAAAGCUGAUUUUACAAACUCCACUCUCACCCACCAUGUGUGCUUCCUCUUCUCAGGUCCCUGCGUGUUAUUGGCUCCACGCUAGUCAGAUUGCACCCAACCCAAAAUAAAAGAGGGGGCUGAGGUUUUUCUAACUAUAAUAUUCCCAUUUGGAAAACAUAUAUAAAAAAAGUGGUGUUCUAAUCAUAAAUUCCACUCCCACGCACAAAAAAGUCUUCCUGUAUGGAGGCUCCAGGACAAAUUCUUUAUCAAAAGUUAAAGUUUUUGAGAAUUUUCGAUUAUAGAAAUAUUUACAGUCACACAAAAGCAGAGAGAAAGGUGAAAGAUGAUGCAGAGAAUAUACAUGAAAGCAGAGAGGCACUGCAAAACCAUGUCUUCUUUAUUAUUGCUUCUAUUCGUUUUUGUUUCUUCACCAAAACACACCCACAUUUUAGUGAAGAUGGCAGGGAAAGAGCUCUGUGUUGUCCUCGCAAGGAGAGAGGAGCAAAGUGAGACACUCCCAUAGAGUUUGGCAACAUAGGUGGCAAACAUGGUCAGAGUAUGGCACAGCAUUUGAAAACUCCUAUCAGUGGGAAAAUGACUGAUCCCUGAUCCUGUUGUUUCAUCACUCAUGGCUAAAUAUUGAGCCAUCUUGUGCCUGGAAGCUUCUGGAGUCUCACUGCUUUUCAACCUUCUGCUCUCCCCAAGUUACUAGCUCUGUGUUGUUUGUAGAUGUUGCUGUGAUUGUUAGUUCACUCUUUAGGGAAGCAGCAUUAGAAGCUAGCUAGGGUCUCAGAACAUGUUUCAGCACACGCGUGUUUUAAUUGCUCUCGGAGCGUUCUUGUAUCUUCUGCGCAAGGUUUCAUGUAAGCUUUCAAAAGUGUACCCAGUAGAAAUGUGUGAAUAAGAUGGUAUGACUGUGUAUGAACAAGUUGUCAGCAGUGCAGCCAUCAUGUUUUCUGCAUGUGUGUGUGUGUGUGUGUGUGUGUGUGUGCGUAUUUAAUGGGAGGCUUGCUCAUGUUCAGCAGUAUAGUCUUAUCACUUCAACCGCAGCAGGAAACAGCAACAGAAAUCCUUCGUUCUCAGGGUACAAUCGGUUUUCAAGAAGAGGAGGAGGAGGAGGAGGAGGAGGAGGGAAAGUUACAAUAGCUCAGGCCUCUAGCUCACUCAUAUGAAUAGUAGGAGUCACUGGAUCUGUUCUCCUCCCUUGAUGUGUUUUUAAGCUGCCAAAGACCACAGUGGAACAAACUUAGCCCAGACACAAGUCUAUCUGAAGUGCCCAUGUACGCACACACUGGCAGGAGGCUGGUCCAGUAUUCUUUCCUACUCUACUACACCUCCUUCUAUUCUGACAUUUUGUUCUUUUUCCUUAACCUUAGUGGUUCCACUCCACUCAUGGUUUCUUCCACUGAACUCUGACUACUACCAAUCUGUUGAUAUACUAUGGGCCAUACUGUGCUGGACCAGGUGUCAACAGUCUGUGGUUGGCAUGAAAAGAGACCAAAGCAGAUCUGUGCACAAAGAUUUGGCCAAUGUUGUGUCCGUUGCAGCACCCUAUGUUUAGAAAUGUGGGAUUUCACACUAGCUGUAUACUGUGUGUGUGUGUGUGUGUGUGUGUGUGUGUGUGUGUGUGUGUGUGUGUGUGUGUGUGNGUGUGUGUGUGUGUGUGUGUGUGUGUGUGUGUGUGUGUGUGUGUGUGUGUGUGUGUGUGUGUGUGUGUGUGUGUGUGUGGAAGGCACAGUUGGACAUUGCUAACCAACAUACUUACUGAGGGUGAGCAGAGUUGUUGCACAACUUGUACAAAGUGGCCAAAUUCCUAUCUGUGAAUGGCACUCAGGGUCUACACUGCAUGUUGCUGAGGCAUCGUAGAGCAAAGCAAGGCCUUUCUAGUCCAGUGCAGUAUACUUCUAUAGUGUGACAGAAGCAGAGACGUCUGGCCACCAUAUUCCUCCCCCUCUCUCUUUUUUUCCCAUCACCUGUUUCACUGUGAGGAGUGAGUGAAUGUAAAACUAAAGACAAGGAGGACGAGCAGUUUGGUUUGAUCUCAGAACACACCAGGGACUAAACACUCCCUCUGAUGCUUCCUGAAGCUAUUUCUGACAGUUUGUAGCUUCCCAGCUGGGACACAGGUUGGCAUGCCUGGUCUGAUAUGAUUCAUGGCGAGCCUGUGGCCAAGGUCAAAUUUGAUGGGAAGUUUUUAGUCCCGGGCUUUUUGGAGCUGUAAAGUGAUUUGCUGCUAGAGAUCUGCUAGGAGCAGGACAUUCCACAUGGGGGUCGCUCAGGCCAUCUGACUUGCAAACAGUUUACUAUAUGGCUUAAGUGUCUGCAUGAAAAUUAGACUCUAUAUAAAUAUAUACUAUAUUUUUUUUACUUUUAAUGAGUUGGUCUGUUUUCGAAGGGAUCAGGGACGCAGCUAGUAUUGACUAGUCACACCAGAUUAGCAGCUGGUCUGAGCAGAGUGGAGGUGUGAUACCAUUUCGAGGUGGUUAUUUAAAGUGUGUUGCUCUUUUAAAGGUCGUAUGUGUUUCUACUGUGUGUUCCUGUGACGCCAAGCUUUGCUUUCACCUGAUGCUCCAGCAUCCCAAGGCCAUUUUGGGGCCUUUAGUGUCGGGUACACAAAAGGUCACAAGUGUGAAAGCACCUCACACUGACUGUGUGCUAAAUAUGAGGACUAGCUGCUCUUCCCAUGACAUGAGUUGGUUUCAUCUGUUGGAUCAAUAUUCCAGAUUACAGAACAUCACAGUACAUCAAGAGGAAGUCAGUCUGCGUAUUUAGCACACACAUGAAUGCACAUAGGCCAUAUUCAAUAUGGGCACCUUGAGUCUGGGCUGGGCUUAUUUAUACACCAUAUGCAGACAGAGGUUUGUGUAUGACCAUACUGUGUGUACACAGAGCGACUGAUUGACACACAGCUGGCAGAGCCUUAUUUUUAAUGAGUUCUGCCGUUCUAAUGACAAUGUUGAAGGCUCUAGAGGGGAGAUGAGGUGUCAGUUAUUCAGGAGACCAUUACCAGCAAUUACUGUACAUUGAUGUAGUCGCAGCCAGUUCAAUCUGCCCUUCUGACCUGUUAAUGUUUUGUUUAUGUUUUUUGUUUUCUGUGCUCUUUAUAUGCAUUCAUAGAGAAAUCCUGGAAGAUAUCAGGGACCCUGUGACCUGAUGGGAAAUUGAAUCCACAGAGCUGGCCUCUAAUGUAAUCCAUCUGAUACAGUCGGCCUUUGACAGCUUAUUAAAACUGUUGUGAUGGCAGAGCUGUAGAUAUACAGGGAUCUGGGUGCGUCUGUCCUACUACCAGGCCCAUUAACUCAGAGCUGACACAUUUGUGCUAAUACUUGAUAGCCAAUACUAACACCAUAGACAUGGACAGAUGUGCUAGCGUGUGUUGUUUUAGUACCAAAGCAGCAGACUGUGUCAGAUCUGCAUCAGUGUAAACGGGCUCAGAGCCACAGGCAGACACACAUCAGACAUGACCAGUUUCACUUCCACUCUGAUCAUUGCUCAGACUCGAUGCCAACUUGAGAGUUUCAGAUGUUGACUCUCGGGAUGUGUGCAAUGUUUUAGAGAGUAAAACUAGCCGUAGAAAAAAGGUAGUUAGAAGGUUCUGGGCCUAAAACCUUCCCUUAACCUCUUUUCUGAAAGGAUUACUGUUAAGAGACAGGGUUUCUUCAUCACAAUGUGAGAUUUCAAAUGCUUCCUGUUUGUUUUGUGUUUUUACCUAAAUGCUAAGACCAUAGACUACUACCAGUACAUGCAAGACUUUGAAUAGGCUCACAUUGGGCUGGACUCGUGCAGGAAUGUGAAGAAUCUCAUUAACAUCCUGAUAUAUGUUUCUGUAACUCGGAGAAAAACACUGGAUGUGCAUUGCACUGGUAUAAAAUCAGUCCUGUGUAACAGAUAUAGAUAGAUGUGUAUAAAGCUAGACAGGAUCUCAGUGAAGGGGAGGUUCACACAGGGCAAGGCCAUGAGCAGUUAGCCACACUGAGAGCCUUAGAGGAAGUUUGGAUUCUUCAGUUUUUAAUAUCAGCCGCAGCUGACACUGAAACUGAUUUUCCAGACAGCUUAUAAUGAUCAUCUCAGAAUAACAGUGACAUUAAGGGUAUUAUCAUAUACUUGCCACAUUGUAUUUCUAGAGAAGAAACAACAAAAUGGCACUGAAAGCAUAACCUGGCCAAACUCUGUCAGUAGCUGUGGUGCACACCCCGGGGGUUGGUGUAGCGCCCGGCUGUAUAAAUGAACUGAUAGAUAUUCAUGCUCAGUGUCAGCCAACUAUCUUCAUUUAGAUCUCAGCUACUGUGGCUCUGAUGUUUCUGGCUGCUAAACAAAGUCUUUCUUGUAAAGUCUGGAGAGCCAAACCUCCUAAUUAGCCAGGCAGGCAGGCCUGCUGCCCAGUCCAGCCUCACAACUAUGCAAGAGGAAUGCAUAUAAUCCACACUCUUCUCUCUUUUAUUUUUCUUUUUUUUUUUUUUUUUCAUUUAGAUUUUCUUGUUCUCACUGUCACGCAGUAGAAAUGAAGACGUAAACUAAUAAGAACUUGCAAUGACAAUACUUGGCCUUAUGAUGAUUUAUGAAAUCUUUAUCACUUUAGUUUUAAGAUCUUUUGAUUCUGGUCAGCCAGCCCAGCGACAGCAGCGGUGACGGCGGGCUCACUCUUGGUCUCUGUGAGACUGGCUAGACGGCCCCAGUUUUAUCGUGGUACGAAUGUUGUGCAUUUGUUUAAAAUCAGGACAGUUUGCAAUAACAGCAGUCUUACUAGUGGCCACAAAGGGGCACAAGCAGUGCUGACAGCGCCCGGCUGCGUCUUUAGAAAACCGUAGAGGAAGAAAUAUAAACUAUAUAAAUAGAUAUAUAAACUCACACAGUGCAUAUUUGUAUAGGUAUCAACAAUGCAUUACCAUGGUAUACUCUUAUGCAACACAUGUCCGGGUUCAAUUUAUGAACAUGAAGUAUAUUAUAAAAUCACACAAACUUUGUAAAACAGAAGCUAUGUUGUGUGUGGGUUCGUUUUUUUUCUUUGCGAAAAUGGUUUUACCAUCCUUAAUGUUGAAUAUUCUGAGCGUUAUGUUCCUGUGUGAUUGUGUUUGUUAAAGUGAGCACAUAGCAGUGGGUUUUACCUUCUUUCUGUAAGCAGGGAACCAGGCGUAACCCAAAACACAGCUGGAGCAGAUUUCAAACUACAUGAAGCGUAUUUUAAGUAUGUGUCAUUCAUGUCAAGACUGACCUGAGCACAGUUUUACAAAUACCUGAGUGUGAGCAGCAGAAUGGAGCAGCAAAGUUAAGUUCCACUCCCAAAACUUUCCUCUAUUUGCUCAUGAAUUAGAACAUUUUAGUUGAGAACUUGGCUUAAUCCACAUCUGUGUAGCUGCUCUUAAGUUAAUUUAAGACUAAAAUAAUAUCAAACUGUGAUUUGAAACCUUUCCAGCUGUUUUUUGUUUUGGCCUGCAGGGAAAGAGUCCUCUCCAGCUCAGAGGGCAGAUUUUAUCAUAGACAACAGUGUUAAUUCAUGUUGUGGAGAAAAGGGAGGCUACAUUACAAACCUCCAUGUAAAACCUCUUAACUGACAGAUGGCCUACACUAGAGGGGUCAACCUGCCGAAUGUUGAUUUGAAUUAAUGUCGAAUGAAUGCUUCUCUUCUUUUAGUCAGUGAAUAAAAGCAUUAAAAAGUU